GAAGCGUCUCGACUUUAAAUAUUUUUAAAAAGAUCAGUUAAGACAAAUAACUUCGUCAAGAAUUGAUUUUAAAUGAUUGCCGUCAGGAUUGGCUUGGGUAUCCUGUGCAUCUUGUAACGAAGCAGCACUUUUAAUACAGAUGGCCGCUCAGUGUGUGUCGAAGGUCGAGCUCUCCAUCUCUUGCAAUAAUCUUCUGGACAAAGAUGUUGGAUCCAAAUCUGAUCCGCUCUGUGUUCUGCUGCAGAGUGUCGGGGAUGACAAAUGGUCAGAGGUGGAACGCACAGAGAAAGUAAAGAAUUGCCAGGACCCCCAGUUCUCAACAAAACUUCACAUUGACUAUCACUUUGAGAAGGUGCAGAAACUAAAGUUUGGCGUCUACGAUAUAGACAACAAGUCUGUUGACCUCAAGGAUGACGACUUCCUGGGAGGCUUUGAAUGCACCCUUGGACAGAUUGUGUCUAGUAGGAAGAUUACCAGACCUCUUCAGCUCAAGGCAGCAAAACCAGCUGGGAAAGGCACAAUAACAAUCACAGCCGAUGAGGUGAAAGACAACAGGGCUGUUGUGAUGGAAGUAGAGGCCAAAAACCUGGAUAAAAAGGAUUUGUUUGGAAAGUCUGAUCCAUUCUUGGAGUUUUUCAAGCAAGAAGAAGAUGGGAAGUGGCAGCUAGUUCACAGGACAGAGGUCAUCAAGAAUAAUUUGAAUCCAUCUUGGAAAAAGUUGACUGUUUCCUUGCAUACAUUCUGCAGUGGCGACCUGAAUAAACCCAUCAAGGUUCAUUGUUCUGAUUAUGAUAGCGAUGGCUCUCAUGAUCUCAUUGGUGUGUUUCAAACUAAUGUGUCAGAUCUGCAGAAAGCAGUUCAUGGCUCCCCGGUUGAGUUUGACUGCAUUCAUCCAGAAAAGCAAAAGAAGAAAAAGAGUUAUAAAAACUCUGGGGUCAUCAGGAUUAAGUAUUGCAAGCUUGAGGCGCAGUAUUCAUUUCUGGAUUAUGUGAUGGGAGGUUGCCAAAUUAACUUCACGGUGGGCAUUGACUUCACUGGCUCUAAUGGAGACCCCCGCUCUCCUGACUCUCUGCACUAUCUCAGCCCUAAUGGCGUGAACCAGUAUCUGUCGGCCAUCUGGUCUGUUGGCCAGGUAGUCCAAGACUACGACACUGAUAAACUUUUCCCAGCAUUUGGAUUUGGUGCUCAAGUGCCUCCAAACUUCCAGGUAUCCCACGAGUUUCCAUUGAACUUCAACCCUGAUAGCCCGUAUUGCCAAGGAGUGCAAGGCAUUGUGGACGCCUACCGCAUGAUUUUGCCUCAAAUUCGUCUCUAUGGACCCACCAACUUCUCCCCCAUUAUUAAUCACGUUGCCCGAAUUGCAGCCGGAGCCGCCCAGCAGCCAAAUGCGGCACAAUACUUUGUGCUGUUGAUCAUCACUGAUGGAGAGAUCACUGAUCUCGACCAGACCAGGCAAUCCAUCGUGAACAGCUCCAAGCUGCCCAUGUCCCUCAUCAUUGUGGGUGUUGGUGAGGCAGACUUUAAGGCCAUGGAGUUUUUGGAUGGGGACAAUGGAGUUCUCAAAUCUGUGAACGGAGAACCGGUGGCCAGAGAUAUUGUGCAGUUUGUGCCCUUCAAGCAGUUUGCCAGUGCUCCUAAAGAAGCGCUUGCUCAGAGCGUUCUAGCCGAGGUGCCAAACCAGCUGGUGACAUACUUCAAAAUGAGAAAUCUGGCUCCUGUUAACCCUCCUUCACCUGUCAAGUAGACCCAGGUUUGCGCUAGACUCUAACUCAAUUCCUGGAGUGUCACAGCUCUCUAACCAGCUCCAAAACACACAUGCUUGGAAGUUUUUAGUGAUCCUAAAGUCUUUGAUUAGCUGGAUCAGGUGUGUUUGAUUAGGGUUGGAGCUAAACUGUACAGAGCUGUGGCCCUCCCGGGAAUUGAGUUUGAGAGCAAUACGCUAGAAAAUGAAUUAUAGGUAUAUAAAAAAAUAGAAUUAGUGUUAGAGUUAGUUAGAAUUAGUGUGGGUCACCACUAGAGGGAACCACAGCUCUGUUAACGGAAGCACUGUGGCGGCGUUGAACUCUUUCGAAUACCACUUGCCUUCACUUAUAUUUUCCUUUUUAUAUAUUAUGCAAAUCAUUUUCAUUCUUUCAUAUCUUUCUUUUAACUUCCAAUAUUGUUAUUCCUCAUUUUACAUAAAUGUUUUUUUACAGUUCUAUUUCUCUAUAUUGUUCCAUAUAUUUUUGUAUUGCUGUUUAUGAAUACAGAUGCCUUGAGUUUCUUAAGCCAAUAUUUGAAAUCACUUUUAGGCCUUGCUCUGCUUUUUGAUGUAGAUGUAUGCAAUAUCAAUCAGGAAUGCCGAUUUUAUAAUAUUUCCAGCACUUUCUGCAGUAUAGUAUUUGUCCGAAAAAAGGCAAAUGUCUCAAACUCAUAAACCACUAUGCUGCAAUUAAUAAUCAUGUUGCCAUAAUAGAGUAGCUAUAACAUUACCAAAGAAAUUGCUGCAUGUUUUUCACUAGCAAACAAAAGCCGUCAGAAGCUACUAUCUUUGAGAGUUGUUUUGCCAAUGUUGUUGUUUUGACCAAUCUGUGCUGAGGAUCAUUAUUUAGUUUGAAUUUGAGUAGAAUGGGAUACUGGUUUACUGGUGUAAAGAUGUAGAUUUGGACCAUAGAAUGCCUUAUCUGGUUUUUUUUGUUUUGUUUUUUUGAAGAUUUUGUACAUUUGUGUCAAAUAAUGUUUUAAAAAUCCAUAUGGAAUGACAGAAGUAGUGCUGUUAAUUUGAUUUAUCUUAGACAAAUGUUUGCACCUUAAUCGCACAGUAAAGUUAAUUGCACUUCUACACUAAAUCUUGAUUUUAGUCAUGUACGCUUGCGCUUGCCACGAGUAGCCUUAUGGGACAAUUAUCUUGUUUAAAAAAUCUUUUCAGUCUAAUGAUUUGAAGGGAAUGGGAUCAUAAUCAUAUCAUGGAUGUGUUUUGCCCCUUAUGAAAUAAUGUUUACACAGCAGUAUGUUCUUCAGAAGCCAUUGUCACUUAGUUACAGCAGUUUUGGUUUAAAAUAAAACUGUCAAAAAUAAAAUAAAAUUGCCUUGUUAACACACAA